GAACGUAGGAUAUGCCGCCAAAAAGCGCUCACUUAAGAAAGUCAGUCGCAUACGGCGAGUCACACGAAACGGUCGUUCUACGUCAACGAUAAGAGGAAUCUCGUGUGCGCUUGAACGUUACCCGGCUUUAUAAGAAAAAUUAAUAAUAGAAAAAUAAAAACGGCAGAACUUUGUCACUGCCCGUAACGUAGAGAGAAAUACGUUUAUUUACUUUUUCUGAAAUAGUCGCGUGAUAGAAACUUUAACUGAAGUUAUCCGAGCGACUAUACGGGACGAGAGACAGUCUAUGCGAUAGGAAGGAAUAUUUUGUAGCCAAUUUUUUGAGUACAAGAGAACUCAAAGAAUAAGGAAGAGAGACGAAUUUGAAGAUACACAGUGAACGCGUGACUUUUACGAAAAACGUGAUGGAACGACAACUGUCUUGGAUCGCUCUGCUCAUGACAGCAUUUUACUCCUUUCUUGCGAGUUGCCGGGCUGAAGAGUGCGGCGAGGAACAGCUGACGAGAUGUGCCCGUCCCUUGGACAAGAUCAAUAAAAAUCAGCUUGGUUUCGCAUCAAACAAGGGGGAACUUGAGGAACUGUGCCCUCGUCUCAAGAAUAGUACACAGUGUAUCGAGAGAUAUACUAACAGGUGCCUGAAUGAACAGCAAAGUGAUCAGUUCAAUAUGAUGUACAGGGAAAUUAACGAGGCUAUUUCUGAACUGUGUCGGGAAGGAUCAGCCCAGGAUGAAUUUCUCAAACACGCGCAGUGCAUGCAAACCGUCAAGGAGUACGACUCGUGCUCCAAGAAAUAUCAUGACACGUUAGGCAUGAUCAAGUAUGCAAACGGAAGGAUUCCUGGUGGACCGAUCAAGUCAAUUUGCUGCGCUUUCAAAGAAUUCCUCGAAUGCUCCCAGCACGCUGUGCGUGGUCACUGUGGCGAGGAAACGGCGGAGUACACGAAAAAAUUUCUGAAGAGAAUGUCCACCUCCUUGUUAAAGCUGCACUGUCAACCUUACGGCAAUGGCCAGUGCGUCGGCCAAAGUGGAAGCACGGCACUCUCCGGAUACCUGACAUUUCCUGUAACGCUCUUGCUCCUUGGACGAUACUUCACGUAAAUCGAUCCACUGCCUAACGCCGUCACAUAACGCAUAAGAAUAAACAGAUAAGGGAACACGAGGAGGCUGGGUCCUGCGAUGAAAAUACAGAAGCAACGGAAAUACUUGUUUACGGUUACACCGAAAGUAUUUGGUCGAUCGAUCGUCGAAGCAUCUUAAGCAGCUGGUGCCAGAGUCUCUGCGACGGGAUGUCACGGGAGGACCACGAGGGAUUCGAGCACGUGGACAGGCCUGGGCGAAUGCAGAGGGCAGAGUGUGACAUAGUGAAUAACCGAUGGGCCGAGAAGGAAUACGCGCAAGCUGCGCGAUGGGACUGAUUAUAAGCGCCAAUCCUACGCUUGCCGAGUUGGGAGAAGCUCACUCAGGGCUUUUCUCACAGUCAAUUUCUUUUCAGUAGUUACUAGUGUUGUUCUAUGUCAAAUUCAAUGCUAGCCAAUUCAGAGCUUCAGCGUAUAGGAUUUUAACGCGGGAGCUUCGAAUAUAGGGUGUAGGAGUGUAACGCGCGUGAGAAGGAAGGAAGGAAGGAAAGGAGAUUAUUACGAUCCUACCAAUUAAACUACCUAUAUCAUUAAGCCUUAUACGGACUGCGCAGGCUGUACAUCCAUGCACUUGUAUAUAGUAUAUAUAUAUAUAUAUAGUAUAUAGCCGUGCACGCGUGUACGUGCGAUUAUUGAAGUUUUUGCGUUUGGACUGUACCAAAGUUGAACGGAGAGCAUAAGAAUUAUAAACAGUGCCCGCGCGUGUACGCGGUUAUGUACGCUACGAGUAAAAAUAGAGAGGAAGAAAAGAAGAUCGCGAUUUCUAAGUAUAGCGUAGAUACACGAAUUGCGAGGAAAAACUUUGAAUCUCAUUUUUGACGAUGUUUCUGGUAAAGAGGAAGCGGGGUGGGGGAGGCACAAGGUGAUCCGGAAAUAGGAAAAAGAAAAAGAUCUUUACUUAGCUGAGCUAUCUUCUAUUUCUCAUUCUCUUCCUUCACCAUCAAUAUCCGGCCUUUCUAUGUCCUUUCCUCUAGUAAAUGGGGAUAUCGCACGCGUCUCGUUCUCACGUUUACUGCGUAUCCACGGGUCUGCGUAGCAUAACCCCUCGUACGUCACAAAAGUAGGCGCACGCUUAUACGCGCUAAGCAACGUUAAACAAAUAUAUUCCUGCUUGUAUUUAAUGUUAAUUAACGGCUAGAAAAUGUUAAGUGAACAACCAGACAAACCGUAGAGAAAGUAUGUCCAGUCUCGCGCGUGAUUUUCUCAUCGCGUCAGAUUAUUAUUUUGUACUGUGUACAUUAUGUGUCGUAGGAAGAUGCGAAUGGGUGACUCUUUUUUUUGUUACAAGAGUUUUCGAAGGGUGUCCGUACAGGUAUAUUAUACAUGUACGGCACAUACCGCGCAAAGUGAAUGCGAAUUACCUUUCGUUUUUUUAUUUUGGUUCUUACGCUUCCAUUUUAUCAUUAUUCCCGUGAUGCGGUACGUAGAGAUGCCCUUGAUACGUCGCUGAUUCAUUGUCAUAUGUUCCAUAAGUCAUGAAUAAAUGAGAUAAAAAGGUGUUGGAAUGAAUGUGUCCGUAUUGCGUUAUAAUUAACGUGUGGAUGAGUCCGUGUGUGAAACAGUAUGCAUGCAAAUGGCAGAACUUCUGUCUGUACCCGGUGAGCGUAUAAGUGUUAUUAGUGUAAAUUUUUAAUGAGUUUUGUCUGUCGAUACAUUUACAUAUAUAUUUUUUACCAACGAUGCAUGAUUAAUUUCUCAUUGGCUCCAAGGCUAUUCUGAUUAAUGAUAAGGAGUUACUUAAGCCAACAGAAGGAGAACCCUUGGAAAGAGAAUUUUCUAGUAUUAUUUCAUUAGGCAACUUCCUAGAGAGAACCAUGCAUACGUACGUGUCGUGUAUGAUAUACGUAUGUACGGUAUACCACCAAUGGUAUAUAUAUACUUAAGUUCGUAUUAUAUAUACAUAUAUAUUAAAUCAAUUUCAUUGUCGCAAAUAAUAUUUAUUUAUAAAUACAUUGUUGACAGUUACGUGCUCUGUAAAUACGUCCCUUGGUCAUGAGGCUCCCAUUGCGAAAUCCUCGACCAAUGGGAGUGUCAUGUUAUUUAAGAAACAUUCUGAAUAAAACGAUUAUUUUUCUUUAGAAAAAAAAAAA